CACGAGUCCUGGGCGUCUGCUCGUGUCCCCGGGCGUCCGCGCUGUGCCCGCUCUCCGGCCGGCUGGGGCCCGGCGGAGGGGGCCGACGGGCCGUUGCGCGCCGCGGCGGCGGCUCUCCCGAGCCCGGGGCCGAGUCGGGCCCCCCGCGGGCGAAUCUGUUGGGGGAAAACGUCCCCUUGGCGGCCUUGCUCGUUGUGCAUAAUAAAUGUAAAAACGCGUUUGCUUUGGUGGGUAUGAGGGCACGCCUUGUACAGCCUCACGAAUAUUGGUAUUAACCUGACAGAUCCUAUGUUCAGAGGAAUCUACAGAGGAACACAGAAACAUCAAGAUGACUUUCUAGAUGUGGUAGAGAGAGCAGUCAAAACUGGUGUUAAAAAGUUUUUGAUUACAGGUGGAAGUCUACAAGAUAGUAAAGAUGCAUUGCAGCUGGCACAGACUAAUGACAUGUUUUAUAGUACAGUUGGCUGCCAUCCUACCCGAUGUGGAGAAUUUGAGCAGAAUAGCCCUAAUCAGUAUUUAUCUGAAUUACAAAAUCUGAUUGAAAAAAAUAAGACAAAGAUAAUAGCAGUUGGGGAAUGUGGCCUAGAUUUUGAUAGAUUAGAAUUUUGCCCAAAGGACAUCCAGCUCAAAUAUUUUGAAAAACAAUUUGACUUGUCAGAACAAACAGAAUUGCCAAUGUUUCUCCACUGUAGGAAUUCACAUGCUGAAUUUUUAGAUAUAGUGAGAAGAAACAGAGAUAGAUUUGUGGGAGGAGUGGUACAUUCUUUUGAUGGCACAAAGGAAGAAGCAGCUGCUCUAAUAGAUCUAGAUCUCUAUAUUGGAAUAAAUGGCUGUUCAUUGAAAACAGAAGAUAACUUGGAAACCCUGAAAUCCAUUCCUAGUGAACGAUUAAUGAUAGAGACUGAUGCACCUUGGUGUGGAGUGAAAAACACUCAUGCAGGAUCAAAAUACAUAAAAACUACAUUUCCUACAAAAAAGAAGUGGGAAAUAGGGCACUGCUUGAAGGACAGAAAUGAACCCUGCCAUAUAAUUCAAAUACUGGAAAUAAUGGCAGCAGUAAGAGAAGAUGACCCACUUGAGUUGGCCAAUACUUUAUAUAACAACACUAUUAAAGUCUUCUUUCCAAAUGUAUGAAGUUAUUUUUCUUACAUUUAUUCAGUGUAACUUCAGUAAAUAUAUUGCAAACUUAAGAAUGAUCAUAUCUGCACAUUCUUAGCAAUGGAACCAACAUGUAGUGCUUUUUUUUGGUGCAAGAUUAAAGAUGAUUUUGAAAAA